ACCUCUUAUUCUAGUUGGCAACACGCGAUCUAUGUCACCGAUGAUCGGAAAGCACCCUUACACACUGCGAGAAACAAAGGCAGAGAAGCAAAUGGCUACCUCACCUAUAUCAUCGAGAACUACCACCAGCUGCCCGAAACAGUCGCCUUCAUACACAGCCAUCUCAGCUCCUGGCACAAUGAUCAAAACGCUGCAAAAGCACUACAGUUGCUGAAUAUCGACUUUGUGCAGAAGAAUGGAUACGCAAACUUCAGAUGCCAUACCACCCCAGGUUGCAAUCCAGCAGAGAUUCAGCCGUUCCGCAACAAGAAAGAGCAAGCCGGUAUAGACAAGCAUGAGGCAGAGACCGAGAGAGCCUUUGCCAAGGCAUGGACUGAACUGUUCAACUCGACCGCCGUUCCCGAACAGAUCGGAGUGGCCUGUUGUGCGCAGUUUGCUGUGUCUCGGAAGCAGAUCCUGCAAAGACCGCUUGCGCAUUACAUCUGGUUCCACAGCUGGCUGAUGGAGACUUCGUUGAGCGAUGCGACUGCAGGAAGAGUGAUGGAAUACCUAUGGCACAUCAUCUUCGGUCAGGAAGCCGUCUACUGCCCAAAGGUCCAUCAGUGUUUCAGGAGUGUCUAU